AUGCCUGUUCCAAUCGACUCCCUCCCGCUCCCCACCACUAUCUUACCUCUGCAACAUGCUCUCCCGCGUCUGCCCUUACCAAAAACACCUUCGGCUCAGCGCCGCUCCACUAUCUUCAAGUCAUCUACCGACGGCAUUUGGGCGCCUGUCACCCCACUGUGGGCGCCCUGGCCCAUUCGACUAUCACCAGAAGAAGCGAUAGCGAUGGGCUAUGAUCCUGCAAACCCAGAGGGAUUAGGGGUCGACGAGAUUCUGGGGAGAUGGGAUCCUGUCGAUUCAUCGCCUGUCGAGAGUAAAGCAAAUGGCUUGAUCAUGAAGAGUAGCAGGAGAAGGCUGGAGAUGGAGCCGAUCAUUCUUGCUGUCUCUCCCAGAGCUCUUCAAGAAGUCUUGCCUGCACUCGACCCGGGGGACAUUUUGUCUAUCACUCGCUCCGGUACCUUCCCGGAUUCUCCGAAUGCCGCCCGAGAUUCUUUCAUCGACAUUCUUUCCACCCGCAAGGUCUUAUCAUCAGACACUUACGGACCUUGGAGUACAAGAUACGCUGGACACCAAUUCGGCGCCUGGGCAGGUCAACUGGGAGAUGGCAGGGCUGUAUCGGUUCUGGAGACUGAGAGCGAACAGGGCGGAAGGCAAGAGAUACAGCUCAAAGGUGCUGGGAGGACGCCUUUCUCUAGAACCGACGAUGGGCUUGCUGCGCUCAAAGGUGGUCUCAAGGAGUUCCUAGGCUCUGAAGCUACCGCAGCACUAGGUAUACCCACAACAAGAGCCCUCGCUCUGCACACCCACCCACUUUCCACCCUUCCCGUCUUCCGUUCCUCUUCCCUAUCCCCCGCAUCUAUUCUAGCCCGUGUCUCGCCCUCUUUCAUCAGGAUCGGCCAUUUUGAAGCUCUCAGCCCACCUGAAGGCGGGCGUGGUGGCAGGCAGGUCUUUCUUGGGCUUGGUACCGGAAGCGGGGGUGGGAGAGAAGAAUGGGUGGAUAAUCAGGCGGAGAAGGAGGAUGAGGCUGAAGAGGGCGAUCCGAAGGAGAGGGUGAUUGGAAACCUUGAGGGAUUGCGGGACUUGGCGCUGUAUAUGAAAGCCCUCAUGGGUUCCUCCGACUCGGGUCUGGAAAGCUGGAAAGGCUGGAUCUUCAAGAUAAUUGAACUGAACGCAAAGAUGGUUGCCAAGUGGCAGGUUUACGGAUACAUGAAUGGCGUGAUCAAUACCGACAACGUCACCCUCCUCGGUCUGACUAUCGACUACGGACCUUUCGCCUAUAUGGAAGUCUUUGACGAGGGCCACAUCUGCAACGAAGACGACACAUCAGGCUUGUACGCCUACCGCCACCAGCCUUCCAGAAUCCUCUUUGCCCUCCAAAAGUUCGCUACCUCAAUCGCUCCUCUCGUAGGAUACCUUCAUCUCAACCAUGGUGCGCUUCCGCAAGGGUACACCAAAGGCUCGUCGAAGGAAGAUGUCAAGGAGUGGGCGACGAAGGGAGAAGAGGUGAUGAAAGGUUGGAACUGGGAAGAAGAGUAUUGGUCGGUUCAGAAGGGGCAAGAGCUUGAUGGAUGGCGAGCUAGAUUGGGCUUGAAGACAGUACAAGAAUCUGACCAGAAAAGCAUCAGGAGCCUUCUCUCACUCUUGCACGACCAUCGUCUCGACUUCCACAGUUCUUUCCGGGCAUUGGCAUACUUUGACCCCAUCAAGGCAUCUUCCGACUCUGAGGAAGGCGACUAUUUGCCAAAAUUUGCCCGGCGGUUGGUCCAGGAGGCUGGAAGAGGGAAGGGAAGCCACGAGGACAAGACAGAGGAGCUGGAAAAGUGGUUGGCAGAGUACGUCACACGUGCUGGUACUGCCGAAGAGCGUGCCGCUUGGUCAUCUUCAUCUUCAGACUUCCUUCCUACCCGUCUGGCCUCACUCCUCUCUCUCAAUCCUAGCUUCGUCCUGCGCCCUUCAAUCCUCUCAUCCCUGGGUGAAAAAGUAGAGGUGUUGUUGACGGCGCCAUAUAAAGAUGCGACCAGCAAGGAUGAUUUGGAUAAUGAAAAGGUGGAGAGGGGAAUUGUGGAGGCGAGAAGGGAGAUAUGGAACGUUCUGGAGAGAGCUUUUGACCCAUUCAAAGACUGUAAUGACGAUAAAUCAUAG